AUGUCCGGCUUCGACCUAUCUGAAUAUCUAACCAAGUUUCAGACAAGAGAUCGCGAAUCAUAUCCUCACUUGGAAAACCCAUCCAGAGAACUAAAUGCUAUCAUAGAUCAAUUGGCUGUUUCACCUGAACAAAUAGAUGCCAGUUCAGAGGCAUUAGAAACAUUGAUAGAUCUUUGUCAUAACUUCCCACAUUUAGUACCGAAAUUACAAAUUCAAUUAAGCUAUUUAAUAAGUUCAUCUCUAUCGAAUCUGUCAAAAGACAUUAAGGCUCAUUUUUCAUCGAAUAUUAACUUUGCUGAAAUCAGUGAACUGAUACCACAAUGGAAGACGCAUAUGGAAGAGUACGGCUACCUUAUUCACGUGCUUUUGACAUUUUUACAAGACGAGUUACAUAAAGUCUCGUCACAGUCUACUAAUUUAAAUCGUUCUUCGAAAAACACUAAAAAUGAUAAUGCAAAUGUUGAAUUAUUUAGAAAGGACUGCAAUCAAAUGGAAAAUCUACUUGAAUCCAUAAUAAAACUUUUAGAGAUUAACUUAUCUAAAAUAUUUCAAACAACUCCCGAAAAGGAUAUGUUUAUUGGUUUGUUUACGAGACCGCUGUUUGUGCUAUUAGAAAUUGAACCCUUAACAAAGGUAUCGUCCAUAAAGAUGUUUAUCCAAAGAAUUUUGGCUGUAUGUGUUAAAAACCAUGGACAAGGUUCAAGUAUACAAAGUUCUUUAAUGACAAACCUAACCUACUUUCUUCAUUUGUCGGUUUUUAAUGCAGAACUACUGAAACUAUUGAAUGAUGAAUACAACUAUCCUCAACUAACAGAAAGCAUCUUAAAAGAAAUUAGCACGAGAGUGUUUAACGCUAAGGAUACUACGGGCCCAAAGGCUAUAUCUAAUUUCCUAAUUAAAUUAUCAGAACUAUCACCAGGAAUAAUGCUCCGACAAAUGAAUCUUGUCGUAUCUUUACUCAAUAACAGUUCAAUAACACUGAGGUGCUCCGUUGUAGAAGCGUGCGGAAAUAUUGUGGCUGAAUUAGCACAAGGUACACAAAGUAUGGAACAUUAUAAACAACAAAUAGCUGUACUUAUUGAAUUAUUGGAAGAAAGAUUCCAGGAUUCUAAUCCUUAUGUCAGAACGAAAGCAAUACAGGGGUGUUCAAAGAUUUGUGAUUUGAGUUCAAAAUUCAACAAGUGUAAGGCUAAAUUUACUGCGUUAGCAGUGAGAUCAUUGCAGGACCGAUCCUCGUUAGUUCGUAGAAACUCAGUAAAACUACUAUCAAAGCUAUUGCUAAAACAUCCCUUCAAGGCAAUUCAUGGUAGUCAAUUAAGAUUGACUGAAUGGGAAGAAUAUCUCAGAGUGACCGAGUCAAAAUUAAAAGCCACUUUGGAAAAUGUUGAAUCACAAGAAACUUUAAAUGAUGCAAUUGAAAAAUCACUUAUUGAAGAAGAGGCAGAACGGGACGAAGAUCAGCGUAGGGCGGAAUUAAACGAUUCAUUUGAUAAGGGUGCAGACCUUUCUAGAAUAGAAAAUGAGGUAGAAAAUUUAAAUACAACAGCGAACGCGAACGCUCUUAUGAAAUUAAAAUUAAUGACCGUUUACUACAAGGAUGCAAUUUCUUUCAUUAAGGAAAUACACAAAAGCAUUGAGUUAAUAUCCAAUCUAUUAUUUUCUAGGAAUAGAAAUGAAGUCUUAGAAUCAAUGGACUUUUUAGUUUUAGCAGAUGCUUAUGACAUUGAAUUGAGUGAAUUUGGUAUUAAGAAAAUGUUACAUUUGAUUUGGAUGAAGGGCACAAAUGAUGAAGGGAUGAGUAUAUCAGCACACUUAAUAGAGUGCUACAAGCAGUUGUUUUUAACGGCGCCAGACAGCUGUAAUGUGCGAGAGAAGACAGCACAUAUUGCAAAAAAUCUGAUAAAUCUAACCAUCGAUGCAUCCAUUGCAGAUUUGGCUUCUUUGGAACAAUUAUUGGGAAUGAUGCAUGAACAAAAACUGAUUGAUCAGCAUGUCAUCAAUGUACUUUGGGCUAUCUACAAUUCGGCAUCAAAAUCUAAUACAAAGCUCGAACGAAAUGUGGAUACUAACGAAGGACGUUUUUCUAAGAAGCAGAUUCAUGGUUCGAUUAUAAUUUUAGGAAUGUUGUCGUUGACAGAUAAUGAAAUAGCAUUGAAAGGAUUGGAGUCAUUAUUAAACAUUGGACUCGGAAGAGUUGGUAUAAAAGACCCUACCCUUUGUCGAUAUUCUUGUGUCGCAUUGGAGCGAAUGGUCCCAAAGAAAAGCACUAUUAUCACGAAAGCAAUAAAUCAAGAGCUCGAAAAUGUUGCAGUAAAAAAAUUAUAUGCCAUGAUUAUUAACUAUACUAGGGAUAAUGAAUAUUAUCCUAUGUGUGAACAGGCACUUAGUGCAUUGUUUACGAUCUCUUCUAAACCAGACAUAUUAGCUACAGAUUUGAUUAGAGAGAAGACUAUGAUGACUUUUGGUAAACCAGAAGGGGAAGAUUCUAUUCUGUCGUUAGAACAAUCGUCUAGAGUUGUUUCUCUCAGUCAAUUAUUAUUCAUUGUGGGACAAGUGGCAAUUAAAACACUUGUCUACCUCGAAAAAUGUGAGGCAGAAUUUAAGAAAAGAAAGAUUGAAGCAGAAACUCGAAAUGGUAAAGGUAAAAACCAGAAUGAUAAUAUAGUGAACACCACGCAAGAUAACUGUGAUGAUAAGGAGUUGGAAAUGAUAGGGGGCACUAACGAAGACGAUUUCACGGACGCUAUUCAAUUUGUAAAAGAGAGUGAACUAUUAUUCGGAGAAAAAUCAAUACUGGGAAAAUUUUGCCCUAUUGUAGAAGAAAUUGUUUCUAACUCAGGUAGGUUUAGCGAUCCAAUGCUACAGAGAACAGCAACCUUAUGUUUAGAAAAACUAAUGUGCCUAUCAUCAAAAUACUGUGAAAAGAGGCUACCUUUAUUAAUUACAGUAAUGGAAAAAUCUCCUGAUCCCACUAUUCGUUCGAAUGCUGUCUUGGGGUUGGGUGACAUGGCAGUAUGCUUUAACAACUUAGUAGAUGAAAACACGGAUUAUUUGUAUCGCCGGUUACAUGACGAAAACUUAAUGGUACAAAGAACUUGUUUAAUGACUGUUACAUUUUUGAUUUUAGCUGGCCAAGUUAAGGUUAAGGGACAAUUAGGAGAAAUGGCCAAAUGCCUAGACAAUCCAGAUCAAGGCAUAAGUGAUAUGUGUAGAUUGUUCUUCACCGAGUUAGCUUCUAAGGACAACGCUAUUUACAAUGGAUUUAUUGAUAUCUUUAGUAAUUUAUCGACAGAUGACUUAUUGAGUAAAGAAAGUUUCAAGAAGAUCAUCAAAUUUUUGUUGACUUUUAUCGAUAAGGAACGACACCAAAAGCAAUUGAACGAGAAAUUGGUUGGAAGAUUGAGGAAGUGCGAAACCCAACGGCAAUGGGAUGAUAUCGCAUUUGUCUUAAAUAAUCUACCAUACAAAAAUGAAGAUGUCACUGCAUUAUUGGAGGAAGGCUUCAAGGUUGUAUCUGCAAAAGAAUGA